AUGUCCUCUCGUUCAGGCCCAGGCACAGCUUUACAACUAGGCGGUGUCGCCUAUGGAUUAACGCCAUGGUUGCUCGUCAAAGCCGCAAAUUUCAUCGUCCACUUUGAAAGGAACGGGUUUCUUAACUCUACAACUCGCUGGGUCCUGUUCAUGAUGACCCUCUGGACCAUCCGUACGAGAUUGUAUCCUACAAUACGUCGCCGUCAAGACCACUGGUUUGGAGACCUAUGCGGUCACAUUAUGUACGCUUCAUUCGAUGCAUUGGCGCUCACCAUGGCUGAUUAUCGUUUCUUCACAAGCAACUGGUGGGAGGCAGUAAAGGCACUCGUGGUCGUCGGUACAUACUUUAAUAUUUAUUCCGGCAUUGAACGGGGUCCUACCUUCCCGGAGCCUUACACAUCACGGCCUAGGGCUGACCCGGCUCGCAUUCCACAACCGGCUCCACAACCGGCUCCAUCCCCUUUCCCCGGCCCUUGGCGUGCCCCUGUUCCGGCACCUGCACCGGCACCAGCACCUGCACCUGCACCUGCACCGGCACCGGCACCAGCUCCAGCUCCUGCCCCGGCGCCUGCUCCUGCCCCGGCGCCUGCACCCGCCCCCGCCCCCGCACCUGUUCCUGCACCUGCACCUGCACCUGUUCCGGCCCCUGCUCCUGCUCCUGCCCCGCUUCCAGGUCCAGGUCCCCGGGUCCGACCUCCAGUUACACCCCGAGUUCACUUUGACCCACGAAUCCAGGUUCAAAAUCAAGCUCAAACUUGGGCUCAGCCUCAAGUUAAGUACCAGAACCAGGCGAACCCUAUUCAAUGGGGACCAGCUAGGCCGACCCCAACGGGCCAGCCGGUGGUACAGCCUCGACCUCUGCCCCAGCAGCCGGUACCGGUGAACAGUGGAUUAUUUCCAGCUCGUGCUAUCCAUACCCUAACGCCUUCGGCAAAGUAG